UCUUUUUUGUGCGGAUCGUAAGAAGUAAUAAGCUGCACAAAAUUAAAAAUACAUGUUGAUAAUCGAUGUUAUAAUUGUCAAAUUAAAAGUAAAACGACCACAAAAGUACCAAAGUGAAACGUUUGGUUGCCUGAACAGGAGAAGUGAGAGAGAAAAUUGUUAUGAAAUAAAUAAGAAAAAUGUGCAACAAAAAUAACUUUAACUUAAUAUAAACAAACAAAGUAAAUAUUAGAAAAUGAGCACAAUCGAAGAGCAAGAGCUUCAGCAAUUGCUGAAAGACCUCGAAAAUGUGCCGACCCCUCAGUUGCGACAGAGAUUAUUGAACCACUUCCAAAAACAGGAUGAGCCGAGUUGUACAUUAGAGGAUUUUGCCAUUUAUUAUCUGGCUGGACUGCGCCAAUGCACUGAGGCACAUUUUCGUAGCAGUGAAGAAGAGACGCCCAAAUGCCAAACGCCAGUAAAGCAGAUGAAGGCGGUUAUAACUACUACGCCAAAAGUGACUGUCCAGAGCAACCGAAAACUGAUUACGCCAGAAUCUUCUAACACAUGCAAUCUUACCAAUGAAUCUCAACAUAGUCUGAAUAGCUCCUGUAACACUUCCACAACGUCUUCCGCAUAUCAGAGCAACCCAUCCACACCAGCGUGUGGUACACCGAAUCCACCCAAUCAUGGACGACGUUCACAAAGCCAUUUUUGUAGCACACCUCAGAACAGCGAGCGGUCCAAUCGCAGUGGUGGUGGUAAUUCCAGUUUUUGUCUUGGAGACUUCAUUGUCAACACACCUAACCAGCGGUCCAAGAAGAAGGCAACCCCCCAGCAUCAGUCGCCAGGAACAACCCCACAGGAAACCUCAAACGCAGAAACUGUAAAUAAACCCAGGCGACGUGUGUUACCCAUGACCAUCAGCAAGAAUGUGUCGGGCUCUUCCUUUGGUGAGGUGCCUUUAGGAAUCGGCACCAGUUCUUUUAGCAAUGAUUACAAUCUCUGGCGCCUGUCCCAAAGCACCGAACUUGUCGAUCGCAGUCAAAGUGCAGCACUGGAUAUGGAGGCACGGAAAACGCUGUUGCUACACAAGCAAGAAAUCAAGAUUGAGGCGCACAUCGCAACAGACCGGCUACAAAAUUUGGCACUGGCAACGCAAGAGCAGGAAGAAUCAGAGUCCAUUGCUGAGCUAACUGUGGACCCAAUUGAUUUAACAGAUCUACCAAAUUCUGCUCAAUUGCAAUUGCUCGCCGGCAUAUAUGCCCAACUGAUGGAUCUCAAUUUGAUCCCAAAUGUGCUUAGCGAGCUUUGCUUCACGCUGCAGCUGCUCAACAUUCGAGAAGGAGUCUCGAAUAGCUUUUCCCAAGAACCAGAAUCGCCACUUGCUAUUCUUUGUCAAUACAAAAAUUGUAUCUAUUUUGCAGCAAAGGUACUUGAGCUACAGCAAUCGCUUCUUCUGCAGCUGGAUCGCAAAUCAUUGGCCAUGGUGUUGCAAAAUGAGCGUCUACUGCUGUUACCCAAAAGCCAGCAUGAAGAGUUGAAUCUGGCCUGCCAACAAAAACAGCUUGAGCAACAGCAGCAGUUGAUUGUCAGUGGCGAUACAGGAGGUGUAAAAAAUUCAAAAUUAAAUGUUUACUAUCAACACGAUAAAGAUUCAAGGGAUAACUUUCCCACCCAAUCUGAAUUUUCGGCAUUUAAGAGCCAACGUGAUCUGUUCUACAAAGCCUUUAAGUAUUGGGAGCUUAAUCACUUAAACCGAAUUUUUAAAUUUAGUUCUGAGGUGGCUCCCAAGAUACGCGACAUCUUUAAGCAAUCGGAGCAUGUCGUCAAUAUGGCACACUUUGCUAAACUUUUUGUAAGCCAGCUGCUAAUUUCGGCCAGCGAGGCGACGGAAUCACCGGAGGAACUGGGUCUCAAAUUGGAUCAGCUGCGUUUAAAUCGCUUAGCCCAGCGUUUAGUGACAAGUAGUUCCAGCGUGGAGGACCAAUUCCCCCGUACCCAGGCCUUCUUUUGUGACUUUAUUAACGAGUGUGGCUCGAUAUCGUUCUUGGUGCAGCUCAAGCUGGCUCUCUAUGCCCAGCUAAUGCGAUAUAAUAAUUCCACAUUCGAGUUGGUUCAAUUAAAUUUCGAUAGUGGUGAAAUAGAUGUCCUAGGUGAACCAGAUGAAAGUUCCGAACAGGUGCAGGGCCCGUAUAUUGUCCGUGUCUCGACAAUGGCGUCCAUGCUCAUUUUGGCCAAAUUUUUGGGUUAUGUCACUGCAUUGCCAUACAAUCGUCAAAAUCCUGCAACUGUGUUGAAUACAACUACGACAACGGCUUCCAACUGCUCCGACCUACAGCAGCUUCAACUGCGGAGUAAUUUUCAGCCAGAUUUUAAUCUUAGCUCAGUGCUAGAGCGUGCUAUGGGUGAAGGUAAGCUUUUGGUAACGCUUCCCUGGCUGGUUCAGUACGUCAUCAUGUUGGAUGUUAUCACAAUACAGUUGCCUAACAACAAGGCAACAAUGGAGCUUCUAUAUACGGUCUAUGCUGAGGCAGCCAACCAGCGAUGCCUCCAACCCACAGCUGAAUUUGUGAUACGCACCUGCAUUGGCUGGCUCUUAGAAUCUCAUGCAACAUUGACGAAUAACUAUUACAGCUAUCGAAGACAGUGGUCCAGGGCUAGAAAAACGAACCCUCUGGUGUUGCAAUGUCUAGAAAUUCUUCACAUUAAGGUGAAGUCAUCGACGUGUCAGCAAGGCGGCGCAAGCAAUUCGAAUUUAAGCUCUAAAAAUGGAGCUCCUUUAUUAGAGUACUUGCUGCCUGUGUCCUGUCCUUUUCUGCCUGAGUUUCGCGUAGCUAUUACCCCAUCGAAACAAGUUCAAAGCACCUCACGCACUGGACGGUUCCGCUACAUAACCACAAGACUUGAACAAUUUAAUUCAGUCAAAAGUCCAGUGCCCGAAGAAAGUCAAGCUAGCGAAAGAGACAAUAACAAGAUUACUCUGAGCUUGGUGGAGCCACAGCAGAGCAAAUUGAUUGACGCCUUUCUGCACUCCCAAAACGCAAGUAUGCGGCGGCUGUUAGAAUUCGUUACUGAGCGUAGUUUCAAGUGUGUGGUCAAGGAUGCCCAACAGCAGAUAUUGCUGCCCUCUAAGGCGCAAGCAGAUGGGCAGGUAAAUGCUAUCCGUUCCACGCAACAAAUGGAAGUCUACAGGGAUGUUAAACGCAUCUAUAGCGAGGCAUGUCACAAGGCUUGCGACCAAUGGCAGGAGCAAGUGCCGGCUAUGCUGGAGAGACGAAUUCAAAAGUCGCUGAACUCAUUACUUCCUUCAAAUACAAGCGACGUGUUGCAACGCACCUACGCCAAAUUGAUUCGAGCUCAGGCUCAGCCCCAGCUUCAACAAUGGCUGCAGUCCAACGUCUUGCAAUCUAAUUUUUACUACAGCGAUCUACAGGAAGUGGCGAUUAAGGUGUGCCGGGCAAACAAGAAUAAUACGGGAUCUAUGCCGUCCAAUUCGAACUCCUCCACAGAACUUUGCUUGAGCGGUGAUGGAAAUAUCAGUCUUUCCGAUUUCCUGUACCAUUUGCAAACGUGGUUGCACUGUCUCAGCUUGAGGCCCAAAUGUCUGGCAGGAUGUGUGGAUAUUCUGGAUUUAUUAAGGAAUGCGCACCAAGCUGUCCUGCAGUCCCAGCUUCCUACAGUUUUUUACUACCUAGUUGGAUCAGGAUUGGUGCGUCUGCUACAACUAUUCAUUGUCAGGCGUCCGCAGUUACUAACCCCUACGUUCAUGUCUAUGGCUUGUGAUGUGUGGCGUGCCCCACAAUUAAAAAAACUAAUUCAUCGGCCAGAGACGAAAGCCGAGCAACAGGGUAAUCCUGGAAUAUUUGACGCACUGCUAAGCGUUAGCUUUGUGCAAGAGCUAAGCAUGGCCCAUCCCUCAUCGUUCCAGUUGCUGCAGGAGUUACUACUGGCCAUGUUGACGACCGGUGUACUCCACAUUGAGCUACUUAACGAGUUCUUUUUGCCGCUUUUUAAGGAGGAAUGGGCGCCACCCAUUUGGAACGCGCUCUCCCAACUUUUGCAGCAGGUGGCGCAAUAUCGCGUAGCUGGUGGAGAUGGCAUUGGAGAAACCCCAACCGCCAUACCUGCGAGCGCCGAGGAAGAGGCCAAGUCACAUUUGUUCAUGGAAGCUUUAGCUGAUUUAUCGCGAGAUGUGGACUUUUAAUUAUGAUUGUUAGUCGUACCUAAACUUAAGUGCACAUUCUUAUGCUGUUUAUGUCAUUCUUAAUAAGUAUUCGAUGUAUUUUUUAGCUUUCUGCUUUCGUGUACUCAGUGUGUGUGAAUAAAGCGCUAUUUUUGCAAAA